AUGAGGAGGAGCUGCGUCACAAGUACGACAAGCUGAUGGUGGAGAUGCUCGACCAGCAGACCGAGUCAGCAGAGGGGGGCGACAGGGCACCCGACUCAACCACCUCCUCGGCCAAGACCGACGAGAGCGCCGUCAACCCCGUCAUGUUUGACGUCGAGAGGCGGCUGGCGGAGCUCAAGGCCGACCAGUCCUUCCUGUCCGACCCCAAGAAGGGCGACAAGGCGCCUCUCGGUCCUUGGAGGCAGCUCGUGGCGUCGAACGGCAAGAGGGGCGACUUUGUUGCCCAACUGAGGUCAGCCAUGCCCACAAGCCCACACUCGUUAGAGGCAUUGUCGCAUGUUCAUGUGUAUGGGUCAGGCCGUUUCGCUACUUGGCGUUGCUGGCUGACGCGAGGCCGAACAGCGAGCAGCUAAAGGCCACUCUCAAGAACCUGGGAGACAGACAGCCAUGGCUCGACAUACCCAGACACUUCCCAGUGAGCAGUCACACCCACACACACGGACGGCAUCAUAUGGCGACCACGUCCCAUUCACUGUGUGUGUGUGUGUGUGUUUAGGUGGCCUUUGCCGCUGUGACAGUGGACAGCGCGAGUGCCAACGAGGAGAUGGAGGAGGUGUGUUCCUUCCCGGUGCUGUCGGACCCCUACAACGAGUUCUGCGACGGCUACGGCCUCACACGCGGGGAAUCCAACACCUGGACCACACACCUCUUCCUUAUGCGGCUGUAAGCCCCUAUCAUCCCCCACGCAGACACAUGCACACAGCUCUCUCCCUCUCUAUGAAUGCCUUUCCUUUGUUCGUUCAGUCGUCUGAAAGAGGAGACCCCCUCGAUGCAGAUCGCCGGUGUGCUGACCGACCUGGACCCCUCUGACGCCACCCAGGGCUUCGAGUUCCUCCUUGAGCAGGAGAGGGAGUUCCUCCAAGAGGUGCAGCAGCGCAUCGGCAAGGUACUCAUGGGCACUGAGGGCGAUGACGACCAGUCCGAGCAGCAGCCCCGGCAGCUGACUGACGACGAGAAGCUGCUGCAGCGGCUGGAGCGCAAGAAGCGACGGGCGAGGGAUAUGCGGUUCAGGCAGGGCGGGAGGAGGAGACGGCCUGUUGACGAGGCUGAUGGGGGCGAUGUGGAUGAGGGUUCUUGGGGCUCGGGGUUGGUGGCUGAGGGGCCGUCAGUGGACGAUGGGUCGAGGCAGGGUGGCUAUGAGUUCUGGUGAUGGACGAGCUGUGGCAAUGCCACUCCCUUGUCGCGUCACCUGGACCUGCGUGCAUCGAUUGGCCUUUGUCGUAUGUAUGUCGUUGAUAGACAGAUGUCAUCCACACAUCCAAACAAGCACAAGGGACUCCGAAUGCACCGUGGAGUUUUGUGUGUGUGGAUGGAUGGAUGGAUGAGACGGGCAUCGCUGUGCCUGCCUGUGUGAGUGUGUGAUAUUGUUAGUGAUUGGCGUUGACAUGGUUGGCGGGCGCGUGCACUGACAGGUUUAAAGCUGGGGGCCUGCAGGGAGUCA